AUGGCGGAGGUAAAGACACCUCCCAUCCGGGACAUCUCCUCGGUGCACGAGGACCCGGAGAACAACCUCAUCUUUCACAAGAACGUAUCAAUCCCACUCAAGGCCUCCGGCCUGCCUAUCCGCGCCAAUGUCUAUCUCCCGCUCUCGCACAAGACCAAUCCCGGCGACAAGUACCCCGUCCUGGUGACAUACGGGCCCUACGGCAAGGACAUCCCCUACGAAACCUUCUACAAGGGUUCUUUCAGCGAGGUCAACCCAGAGCACCGCUCCAAGUACUCGGCCUGGGAAACGCCCGACCCCGUCUACUGGACCCGACAUGGCUACGCCAUUGUCCGCGCCGACGAGCGCGGCCUGGGCCAGUCGCCCGGCCUGCUCGACACCAUGAGCCGCGGCACGAGCGAGUGCUUCUUCGAUGUCGUCGAAUGGGCCGCCGACCAGCCUUGGUCGAGCGGCAAGGUCGGCCUGCUGGGCAUUUCGUACUACGCCGGCUCGCAGUGGCGGGUCGCUGCCCGGCGCCCCAAGGGCCUGGCCGCUAUUAUCCCCUGGGAGGGCAUGUCCGACUACUACCGCGACCGCUGUCGCCAUGGCGGCAUCCUGAGCAACCGCUUCAUCGGCUUCUGGUGGAAUCGACAGGUCCUGGUGAACCAGUACGGGCUGCCCGGCCGCUCCAAGCUGACCUUCCCGCCUGAUGGUCCCGGCGCAAGGGGCCAGGAGGACACGGUCGAGGGUGACCUGCCCGAGGACGUUCUGGCAGCCAACAGGCAGGACCAGACCAAGGAUAACGAGGCGAACUCGUUCCGCGACGACGACUACUACGCGAGCAAGGAGUACAACCUGGAGGACAUUGAGGUGCCCCUGCUGAGUGUGGCGAACUGGGGCGGCAUCCUGCUGCACCUGCGCGGCAACGUGCAAGGCUACCUGCACGCCGGGUCCAAGUUCAAGUACCUCCGCUUCAUCACCGGCCGCCACGACCUGCCCUUCUACUACCACGAGGAGGUCGAGCUGCAGAAGAGCUUCCUGGACGCCUUCCUGAAGGGCGAUGACCGCGUCGGUUGGAGCGUGCCAGGCAAGGUCGCGCCCGUCACCGUGACCCUGCGCAAGGGCAACGUCGGCUUCAACGACGCCGAGAAGGAGAAGGCGUACCCUAAGAGGGAGGAGGCUGCCUGGCCGCUUCCCAGCACGCAGUACACCAAAUACCAUCUCACUCCCGACCAAGGCCUGACCCCGAGCAAGCCCGCGCCGGAGAAGAAACAGCUGUCGUACAAGGCCCUCGGAUCCCUGGACGAGCCCGAGCUCAUCCAGUUCGCCACUGCACCAUUCGAGCAGGAGACCGAGAUCACCGGGCACCCGGUCGCUCAUCUGAACGUUUCAGUAACACCAGAAGAUGCCGGAAGCGAAACGGACAUGGACAUAUUCGUCACGAUCCGGCACAUUGAGGCCUCGGGGCAGGAGGUGUUCUACACGGGCACGGCCGGCGACGGGGUCCCACUGGUCAAGGGGUGGCUCCGUGUCAGCCUGCGCAAGGUUCACGACGAGAACCCAAAGCACAAGGCCUGGCUGCCUCACCGCGAGUACCUCUCGACCGACGUGCAGCCCGUCAGGGCGGGCGAGGUCUACCCGGUGGAUAUCGAGAUCUGGCCCACCAACGUGGUCGUGGGCAAGGGAGGGAAGCUGGUCUUGGAGGUCUCCAGUGGUGAUACCCAGGGCGCGGCCAUCUUCCAGCACAACUCCCAUGUUGAUCGCCCUGCCUCAAAAUUCGCCGGACAGAAUCACAUCCACUUCGGGAAUGGCCUCGAGAAUUACUUGACCCUCCCAUUCACGAUGAGCUUCUCCAACCAUUUCUCCAUCGAGAACAUCCCGUACGGGAUUGCGACAAGCAGCAGUCACCCACAGAAAGCAGUUGCGACAAGGCUCCGCGAUCACGUCUUCUUCCUCGGCGAUCUGCCCAUCCGAACCUCGCCAGAUAUCAAGCAGACGUUUGCGCAGACGACGCUCAACGCUCUCGCAAGCAUCCCCAAGGACAAACUGCGUGAACUGCGGUCAGCCCUCCAGAAGCUCCUCGCUGACGAGCAGUCCGCCGACAGGUAUGGCGUGCCCGUGGAACAGGUUCAACUGCACUUGCCCAUCGAGGUGAAGGGUUUCACCGACUUCUCUUGCUCCAAGCAACAUCUCUUGAAUGCAGGCGAGGCGUCGACGGGCCGGAGAGUGCUCCCUCCCGCGUCGGUGCACUACCCCAUCGGGUAUGGUGGUCGGGCAGGUUCCGUCAGGGUCUCGGGCACCCCAGUGGUCAGGCCUUACGGUGUGUAUCAGCAGGACGGCGGCGAGGGCGUCACCUUGGGCCCAUCGCAGGGCCUCGACUUCGAGCUGGAGAUGGCAGCCGUGAUAGGCAAGCCGUCCAAGUUCGGGGAGAGGGUUGCCGUCAAGGAUGCCGACGACCACAUCUUCGGCCUCGUGCUGUUGAACGACUGGAGUGCGAGAGACAUACAGAAGCUCGAGAUGAUGCCGCUGGGACCCAACAACUCCAAGAGCUUCCACACAAGCAUGUCGCCCUGGGUCGUCACGCUCGAGGCAUUGGAGCCCUUCGAGGCCCCGCCCCCGCCCAAGGAGACGCCUGCGGCUGCAUUCCUCCAGGACCCGAAGGAGAAGUCGAGCUACGACAUCUCCCUCAGCGUGGAUGUCAUAAGGGAUGGGGCUUCGACUACGGUGUGCAAGGCACAGCUGACCUGGAUGUACUGGACAUUCCGUGACCUCGUCGCGCAGCAGACCAUCAACGGCUGCAGCGUGGACACGGGUGACCUGCUGGCGACGGGAACGGUGUCAGGGCUCGAGGAUCACGAGCAUGGAUGUCUGCUGGAGACAACGAUGGGUGGCAAGAAGAGCAUCAAGCUCAGCGACGGCCAAGACCUGGUCUGGCUGCAGGAUGGCGACGAGGCCAGGCUGACGGGCUUCUGCGGCGACGGCGUGGGCUUUGGAGACCCUGAAGAUGCGAAGGCCUCCCCCGACACCGCCAAGGAGGUUCCCGACCUGAAGAUCGACAUCACCACGCACUUCCCCGACUCUAGCCUUGGUGUCAAGCUCGUCAACGGGCAUCCCACCAAGGCUGUCAUCGAGGUCGCGAACAACGAGGAUGAGGCAAUCCAGCUCGCCCUCGUCGGAGGAACGCUGUCGACCACUCAGCCCCUGCCUGCGGAUGCGCCCCCGAUGGCCGGUGUCCUCCGCAACUUGUCUGCAGUCCAGUACAACAUCGGUAUCCCGGCCGGCGAGAGCCAGUCUCUGCCCUUCUCGUUCGUUUUGGACAUGCAGCCUCAGGAUGUUGUUGUCAACCUCCUGGCCGUCAUCGCGAACCCCAAGGGUCAGGUCUUCCAGGUCGAGGCUCACAAUGGUCUGGCCAGCAUCGUCGAGCCUCCCACCAGCAUCUUCGACCCCCAGAUUAUCUUCUUGUACAUCUUCCUGACCGGUGUCUUUGGUGGCACGCUCUACUUUGUCUACAAGACCUGGAUUGAGUCCCUCUUCCCUCAGGCCAAGCGCGCUCCUCGUCCCAGCAAGAAGGGCAAGAAGCCCGUUGAAGCCGCUGAGCCUCUGUCCGGUCCCGAGUCUCCUGGCGUUACCACUGGCGCUGACAAGGGUUACGACGAGACGUGGAUCCCCCAGCACCACGUCCAGCGCCCCGCGACCAAGCGGACCAAGUCCAAGAAGGCUACCGAGUAG